UCACAAUAUUAUACAAAAUAUAUACAAAUAAAUUUUUAUUAUAUAUACUAUAUAUAUAUAUAGAGAGAGAUAGACAGUGUUAGCCAUUUCAGAUUGUAAAUCAAUCUUUCUUACACCACACUCUCUUUUUUCUCUUACCUUUUUCUCUCCUUCAUCUCUCUCUCUCUCUCUCUCUCCCAUUUUGAUAAUAAGAACUCCAUUUUUAUUGUGUUUUGCCAAUUUUUGGUGAAUUUAGAACGUUUAGAGAGGAAAAAGAGAGGGCCUUUUAGCCCCCUCUUUCUAUAUAUGCCUCUCUAACCGAUCUUCAGUAUUACCCAUUUAUCUUCUUGGCCUUAACAUAUUGAAUGGAAAUGGAGCCGGGAAAAUUGUUUGUUGGGGGAAUUUCUUGGGACACGAAUGAAGAUCGUCUCAAAGAAUAUUUCCAAGUUUUUGGGGAUGUGGUUGAAGCUGUGAUCAUGAAAGAUCGGAUCACUGGCCGUGCUCGCGGUUUUGGUUUUGUUGUUUUUGCAGACCCUUCUGUUGCCGAAAGAGUUGUCAAGGAAAAACAUAUAAUUGAUGGUAGAACUGUAGAGGCAAAGAAGGCUGUUCCAAGAGAUGAUCAACACAUUACUAGAAACAAUGGAAGCAUGCAGGGCUCUCCAGGUCCUGUGCGCACUAAAAAGAUUUUUGUUGGAGGCUUGGCAUCCUCAGUCACCGAGAGUGACUUCAAGAAUUACUUUGAUCAAUUUGGGGCGAUCACAGAUGUUGUGGUGAUGUAUGAUCACAACACACAAAGGCCUAGAGGAUUUGGAUUCAUCACCUAUGACUCAGAGGAGGCGGUUGAUAAAGUUCUAUACAAAACAUUCCAUGAACUUAACGGUAAAAUGGUCGAGGUUAAGCGUGCAGUUCCCAAAGAGCUAUCACCUGGUCCAACCCGAAGCCAAUUUGGUGGACAGAACUAUGGUUUGAACCGGGUUAACAAUUUGCUUAAUGCGUAUACUCAAGGUUACGUUCCAGGCUCGAUUGGAAGUUAUGGAGUGAGAAUGGAAGGUAGAUACAGUCCACUUACUGCUGGUCGGAAUGGAUAUUCUUCUUUUAAUCCUGCUGAGUUUAAUAUGCCAACUGGCAUAGACUCUGCAUUGAACCCAAACUAUGGUGGAAGUGGAACUUUUGGUUCUAAUUAUGGACGUGGAUUCAGUUCUUUUUACAAUGGGAAUUCAAACAGGUACGGUGGUCCUGUCGGGUUUUCCCCCGGAAGGGUUGGAAGUGGUUCAAUGUUGAAUUCAGUAGGAUGGAACCUGUGGGACAAUGAGAGUCUUAAUUAUGGAACAAAUUCCGCCAACUCUACUGAUUUUGUUGGUUCUGGAAGCGGGGUUGCAGGAUAUGGUACUCUUGGAGGUCUCGGAACAAUUUGGGGUGCCUCUUCAAUUUCGGGUCAAGGUGGUGGAAAUGGUUCUUUUGGCAGUGGCAACAUCACUAACAGUGGUGAAACAGGUGGGGCAGUGUAUGGACGAAACUCGGGCGGCAAUGCUGUCAAUACAUCACCAUAUGCUCCAGCAAAAGACGUUCACACUGGGGCUUUUGGGAACUUGUAUGGUACUGUAGGUGCUUCACUUUAUGAGGACUCGGCCUGGCGUUCAGCAUCUCCAGAACUAGAUGGCUCUGCUUCCUUUGGUUAUGGACUUGGGAAUUCAGACUCACUCGGUCUUGUUGGUGGUUAUAGUGUUGCAAAUAGAUCAAAUAAAGGAAUUGCUGCCUAGGAAGAUUACUGUGUGGAAGUUAAAGGACAUAAAAUGCUUAAUAUAGAUGGAAAGUACAGCUUGAGUCAAAGUCGUGGAUGCGGAUUACUUGUAUUCUCUGUGAAGAAAUACUUCAGGCUAGAGGCGCAUUCACUUAGAGCUAAUUCGAUACCUGCUAUAGAACUUCUCCCAAUCAACGUUUACAAAGCGAAGGGACGUCAAUGUAAGGUUUGAACGUAGAUUUUCUAGUAUAGAUUUUUCAUUUUCUUCGGUUUUUUUCUUGUCCCUGCAUAUGGUUGAGAUGUAAAAUUGGAUAGCGGAAUAUACUUAAAGAUAAUUGUAUCAAUGCAUAUCUGAUCUGAUGAAACAAUGAGACGUAAAAUGCAGAUUGUUCUUUCCUCAUUAGAUUCUUUUCUUCUUUAUUUUUAUUUUCAUACUGUAAUAUGCUUCAGCAAACUUUGCUGGCUGUUGUCGAACUUUGUUAUCUUAUCCCAUUCUGGAA